AUGGACUUGAAUGAUUUAGAGGAUAGAUACAAUGAUUUUAUUGAUGGAGAAUACUAUGUGUCAGAUAGAAAUGAAACAGGGUCAAGUGAUGUCCUAAAUGCUGAGAGUGAUAGUGACAGUGACAAUACAUUGAAUGAUAGUGAUGAUAACAACACAUUUUCUGAGAAUGAUUCAGUUGAUGAGUCUGAUGAAGAAGAAACUGUUGAUUUGAGCUUAGAUGGGGAUGAGAGUAUGACAGUCUUGAGUACCAAUGUUAAUGACUUGGAAUUCACUAUUGGCAUGUCAAUUCAAGGUGAGAAAAUAUUUGAUAAACGGAGAAAGGUGGAAUACACGCCUCGUGUGACAAAGAAAACUAAUUGUGAGGCUGUAAUGAAGAUCAAGAGUAAUAAUGGAUUGUGGGUGAUGGAUAAAUUUGAAAAGGAGCACAACCAUAUAUUGGUGGACAGUAAUGAGUCUUUUAGACUUAGAUUACAUCAGAAAAAACAUCGAGGUACAGUUGAGCUUAUAGAACGACUUCAUAAGUGUGGGAUACCAGCUUCACUAAUAAUGAGAAUUGUAAAAGAUUUUGCUGGUGGUGAGCAGUUUGCUGAGCAACAACUUAUUGGGAUUUUUUGGGUAGAUAGUAGAGCACAGGAACAAUACAAGAUUUUUGGUGAUGUUAUUGUCUUUGACAUCACUUAUAAAAAAAACAAAUAUAAGUUCUCAUUUGCUCCUUUUACUGGUGUUAAUCACAAUAUGCAGUGUACGCUUUUGGGUUGUGGCCUAAUAGCUGAUGAGACAAAUGAAUCAUUUAUAUAG